AUGAAUCACCGAAUGCCUGUCGGUCCAUUCACGAGACAAUAUCCUCAAGAGAAUCAAUACUAUGGCGGCAUGAACCAAAGAGAACGUAACUAUUCAUAUGACAUGCGUCGUCAAAAUGAGCAAAUGAAUAGACAGCUGAGAUGGGAACAACCAAAUCCACAACCAUUCUUCCAAAAGAAUCAACCACCAUCAUGGGCUGAUGUUCAAGGACCAACUGGAUCAGGAGUCAAUCCACGUCAUCAACAUCAUCAAUCUCCAACUAAAUUCGAUUUUCCACAAGCAGAAUCAUGGGGAGAAGUUCAAACUGAACAGGAUGGAAAUGACGACAUCUUCAGCACCAUGACUCAUUGGAUACCACCAAGCCAAUGGAAGAAAGCCAAUGGUCAACGACAGAUUCAGAAUCAGAAUCAGAUUCAAUCGCCGAUUUUCCAUUCACCACCAGCACCAGCACCACAAACUCCCGUUCAAAAGGAUGACGUCUUCGAGAACAUGUGUGAAUGGAAGGUUCCAUCUGCUUCUCAAAUGUCAAUUGAUCUCAUGACUCCAUCGUUCCCAGUCUAUUCGAAUCGUGCUCAUUCUCUUGAAUCUCCAACAACAUCAAUGGAAUCAUCGGAGGAAAAGAACAGCUGGAAGACUCUUGAAGCUAUUCUCAAUCCAAAAUCAAGCCGUUCUCCAUCGGUCUCUGAAUCGGAAUUCUCGACACAAAUUGAUCAAAUUGGAUACUGGAACACCUCAAACUUGCCACAAUUCUAA